AUGAUGAUUGAUAAUUUCAACCUGAAAUAUGACGUUGUCGGGAAAUUGGGUUCAGGCUCGUUUUCGGAGGUGUUAAAAGUGAAAGAACGACAGACGGGGAACAUUUACGCUGCCAAAAAGUUGUUCAAGUUGCACAAAAAUCCUAAUGACGUUUGUGCCAAUCGCGAGUUGGAAGCUUUGAAGAAACUCGAUACGCAUCCCAAUGUUAUGAGUUUGUUGGAUUAUUUUUUUGAUCCCAAUGGCACGUUAAUUUUCCUUUUUGACAUAAUGGACAGCAGUUUGUACGACUACAUCAAAGAUCGAAAUCGUAGAUUUCCCGAAUCGCAAGUGAAAAGCUUCCUGUACCAACUGACAUGCGGUUUGCAUCAUCUGCAUCGCAACGGAUUGUUCCAUCGUGACAUUAAACCGGAAAAUAUUCUCAUUAAAACGACGCCAGGCGUCACUGUGAAUCCAUUAAAGUCGAAAAUUUUGAAACUUGGUGACUUGGGAUCCGUUUGUCUCGAUCGGAAGCUUCCGCAUUCGGCUUAUGUGUCGACUCGAUGGUACCGGGCGCCGGAAUGUCUUCUCACGAACGGCUUUUACGGACCAAAAAUGGAUAUUUGGGCGUUGGGAUGUUGCUUUUAUGAGAUGUUAACUUUUUCUCCGUUGUUUCCGGGCGACAACGAACUCGACCAAUUGGAUAAAAUUCAUGAAAUUUUAGGUACGCCGAGCAAAAUGGUCCUUGCAAAGUUCAAAAAUAAGCAUUUUGAGUGUUCUUUCGCAUUCAAACCGCCAAUCAGAUUUUACAAGUUCCUUCCUUCGUUGAGUCAGUACGGAAUUGAUGUUCUAACGAAGAUGCUGAUGUAUCAUCCGGACUCACGAAUAAGUGUUCAUAAGUUGGUCGAUCAUAUCUAUUUUGAAGAGUUCAAUAAAAUUUCGAGACAAAGCAGAGUUCGACGCUUGGAUCGCGAAUGUCACUCAGAGCUCAAUUUGAAAUUCGGUUACAAUAGAAGUGGACCUCCCAGCAGAUCAUCUGUCGAUAUUUUGCGAAAAAAAUAUUAG